AUGGCCCCCUCGUGUCAGAACUGCAGCAAGACCGCGCCGGAAAUCACGCUCAAGAAGUGCGCAAAAUGCCAAUCCACGCCAUACUGCUCCCGGGACUGCCAAAAGGCCGACUGGAAGAAUCACCGGAAGGUCUGCGGCAAGGCCCAAGAAACCCAAGCCCCCAAGAGCAAGCCAUUCACGAGACUCGGUAACAAGGUCUGGCUCCACGACCGUCCCGAGUCUGAGACGUACGAGCUGCUCAUCGACGCAUACCGCCUCCGCGUCUGGGACGAUAACAAUAUCGGGAAAAGCGUCAACCAGAGCAGCGAGGGCUUCCAGCGGUUCCUCGACACCGUGCAGACGCGCCCUGGCCUGCUGCCUCCGUGGUGGAACCAAGAAAAGAGAGAGGCCUGCGAGGCAUUGGGGAAAGAUUCUUCGCACUGGUGCAACCUAAGCUCUCCCGUCACUAAGGACAGAAUCAUCCAGCGCUACGGCGACGACAAGUUCCCGAUGCAGCUUCGUAUGUUUGCCGAGCAGGUGCUGGGAAGCGGUCCAGGCGGACAAAGCGGGAAAGCGAUGCUGGCGAUGAUGGUUCGGAUGGAGGGGGGAGAACUCGCAGAUUGGAGCACAACCCAUGUCUCUGUGGCUUAA